CGUGUUACGAGGCGCCCUCCUUGGUUAGGUAUCUGCCCGCAAACACGUGUCUCCCAUUCAACUUCCAGUCUCUUUCCCCGCAAUCUCCGCUACUCUUCUCCACACAAGACCCUUAGCCCCUCCAUUCCUAACCCGUCCCCCGUUCCCACUCCACAAACCUGACCAUCUCUUCCUGCGACCACCGCGCACAGCGACACGCCAUGAAGCCCACGAAGCUCCUCUUCCUCGGCCUCGCAGCCCUCACCGCCGGCACUCCCUCCGUGCCCGCGCCCGAGAUCUUCACCUACCCCAACGAGCUCUCCGCCGGCCCCGUCAACGCGCAAUUCCACGUCACGCCGGACACCGCCUAUCUCCCUCUCGACCACCCGCGCGUCAGCCCGCGCCCGAACCAGACCAGCUUCGACUGGUGGUGGUUCAGCGCGUACAACCCAGCCAACCUCAACGAGUCGCUCGUCGUCAAGUUCUACCUCGCGACGAACGCGAGCUUCCCGCUGCGCGCGACCACGACCGACGCCGUCAGCGUGGAUGUGUUCGUGGGCUUUGCGGACGGCAGCGCGGCGCCGGUCAUGAUCGAGGCGAAGCCGGCGGACUUCACGCCGAAGGGGCAGGCGGUGGUCAAUGUCGAGCCGAGGCCGGCGGGGGGUCGCGUGGCGGGGGAUUGGCAGACGACGGGGCUGACGUUCCGGGAGGUGGAUGAUGGGUUUGAGGUUAGGGUGGAUGCGGGUUGGAUGGGGUUGACGGGCAGUAUGAAGUUGAAGACGCUCGCCCCUCCACGCCUCCCCUGCACGGCCUCGACCCACCAACCCAACGCCCCCCUCUCCAUGCUCCCGCACGUCGGCUGGAUCAACACCGUCCCGGACGCCAGCGCCAGCGUCUCGCUCGCGCUCAACACGCGCAGCACCAACAAGCAGCUCAACUUCAGCAGCGGGAUCGGGUACCACGACCAGAAAUGGGGCGACGCGCCGUUCCACUCCUCCGUGCGCUCGUGGUACUGGGGCACCGCGCGCUUCGGCCCGUACUCGCUCGUCUAUCUGCAGUCCACGUCCCACAGCGACACCACGUACAGCUCCGUGCACCUCGCGCGCGACGGGCGGGAAGUGUUCACCAAGUGCCAGGAGGAUAGCAGGGCGCCGGAGGGGGACUGCGACGCGCUGCAGGUGCUGAGUAAUGAGGAGCGGACGACGCUGAGGAUCGCGAUGGGCGAUUGUAGCGAUUUGCUCGUGAGCAUUGAGAAGACGAGGGAGCUGGUUGAGUAUGGGUCGGUGGGGCGGUGGACGGGGGUGUUGGAGGCGAUUGUCGCCGAGGAGGUGAAGUUUGAGGGCACGGCGAUGAUGCAGGAGUUUCAUUUUUGAGGGGAUUAAGGGGGCUGUGAUGACUGAGGUGAGGAGAUGGGAGUGGUUUCUUGGGUAUCGUGCCGGUGGCCGGAGGUCAUGGCAAUGUGUCUUGGUGCAAAGGUCUGGAUAGCACUUCUCUUCUCUAGGAAAUCGGUCUGAAGGUCAGGCUUCGGCAUGAAGUCCCAAGCUCGAGGCGGUCUUAGGGGCUGCGGCGCGGGAGUGUUGGUAUCCCGUGCGUCCCCUUUGACGUCCACCUCCACCUUUACUUACCGUUUUCUCAAAAGCCAGCUCUCCCUCAUAAAAGCCU